UCAGGGGUCAGAGGCCGCCGGAUAGCGUAGGAUCGGCCGCUGGUGGUGGUGAUACCGGGUCCCCGGCCUAUGGCGCCGGCGCAGCGCUGCCCUCUGUGCCGCCAGACCUUCUUCUGUGGUCGCGGGCACGUUUACAGCCGCAAGCACCAGCGGCAGCUGAAGGAGGCUUUGGAGAGGCUCCUGCCCCAGGUGGAGGCGGCCCGCAAGGCCAUCCGCGCCGCUCAGGUGGAGCGUUAUGUGCCCGAACACGAGCGAUGCUGCUGGUGCCUGUGCUGCGGCUGUGAGGUGCGGGAACACCUGAGCCAUGGAAACCUGACGGUGCUGUACGGGGGGCUGCUGGAGCAUCUGGCCAGCCCAGAGCACAAGAAGGCAACCAACAAAUUCUGGUGGGAGAACAAAGCUGAGGUCCAGAUGAAAGAGAAGUUUCUGGUCACUCCCCAGGAUUAUGCAAGAUUCAAGAAAUCCAUGGUGAAAGGUUUGGAUUCCUAUGAAGAAAAGGAGGAUGAAGUGAUCAAGGAGAUGGCAGCUCAGAUCCGUGAGGUGGAGCAGAGCCGACAGGAGGUGGUUCGGUCUGUCUUAGAGCCUCAGGCAGUGCCAGACCCAGAAGAGGGCUCUUCAGCACCUAGAAGCUGGAAAGGGAUGAACAGCCAAGUAACUUCCAGCUCACAGCAGCCCUCAAACUUGGACCUGCCACCAGCUCCAGAGCUUGACUGGAUGGAGACAGGACCAUCUCUGACAUUCAUUGGCCAUCAGGAUAUACCAGGAGUUGGUAACAUCCACUCAGGUGCCACACCUCCCUGGAUGAUCCAAGAUGAAGAAUACAUUGCAGGGAACCAAGAAAUAGGACCAUCCUAUGAAGAAUUUCUUAAAGAAAAGGAAAAACAGAAGUUGAAAAAACUCCCCCUAGACCGAGUUGGGGCCAACUUUGAUCACAGCUCCAGGACCAGUGCAGGCUGGCUGCCCUCUUUUGGCCGCGUCUGGAAUAAUGGACGCCGCUGGCAGUCCAGACAUCAAUUCAAAACUGAAGCUGCAGCAAUGAAGCAGUCACAUACAGAAAAAAGCUAAUCAUGCUCUGCCAACUACCAUGAGACUAAAAGCAAAGUCAACAAACCCCUACUAUUAUACCUUCCACCAAAUUCUUUAUCAUUGUCUUUCUUAGGAACAGACAUACUCGGCUGGGCGCGGUGGCUCACGCUUGUAAUCCCAGCACUUUGGGAGGCCGAGGCGGGCGGAUCACGAGGUCAGGAGAUCGAGACCACGGUGAAACCCCGUCUCCACUAAAAAUACAAAAAAAUUAGCCGGGAGUGGUGGCGGGCACCUGUAGUACCAGCUACUCGGAGAGGCUGAGGCAGGAGAAUGGCGUGAACCCGGGAGGCAGAACUUGCAGUGAGCCGAGAUCGCGCCACUGCACUCCAGCCUGGGCGACAGAGCGAGAAUCCGCCUCAAAAAAAUAAAAUUAAAUUAAAUUUAAAAAAAGGAAACAGACAUAUUCAUUCAUUUGAUUUAAUAAAGUUUUAUUUUUCCAAAUGUACAGUUGGUUGGACCUGUAAAAAAAAAUUAAAAGAAUCAGAACCAUAAAGCUUUGUAUCUACCUCCUACACCGUAUGAGCCCACACAUUCCUACUCACCUAUUCAUGCAUCUUCACCAGCAGCUGGAGCAUCUCCACCCUUGGUAUUUCUGGUGUAAAUUACUUGAGCUCUGUGCUUUGAAACCAGUUUGAUAAGUCCUAGGGAAAGAGGAUAGUACGAUGAGAUGCUUAAUAGAUGCUACAAUAGAAACUAGUAAGGUUUUUGGCUGGGUGCAGUGGCUCAUGCCUGUAAUCCCACUGCUUUGGGUAGGUGGAGGCGGGCAGAUCGCUUGAGGUAAGGAGUUGCGUACCAGCCUGGCCAACAUGUGAUUCACCUGCCUCGGCCUCCCAAAGUGCUAGAAUUACAGACGUUCAGUCACUAUAGUUAGCUGAGCCUUAUUAUUGUGGAAUUACGGUAAUCAGACCAUACUACUGAGUAGACUGUACUAAAUUUCUGGUUUUAAAAUUUAAUACAUCAACAAAAUACCAUGAAGAUUUUAAACAUUUUCAAAGUUGUUUCAAAAUAGUAAUCAAAUUAUUUCAAAAAUUGUUGUCCCUGUAAUUCUAUGCAUCCAUUUACUUCAAACAUAAAAGAUCCUUGGGCUUCACUAAACUGCCACAGGGUCCACGGCACAAAAGUGGCUAAGAACCCUGAGAAUUCAUCUCAGGCCUAAGACGUCAGAAUUACAUUACUAACAGCCAAUGGUCAAGCCAUGCCUUUUUUUUUUUUUUUUUAAUACUGCUUUUCCAGCAAAACCACUGAAAAUGGUUAACAUGGUCAAGACAAUUUAACCUACAAAAGCACACAUGUAGGAUACACCCCUCACCUUUACUAAGGAGCUCCUGAAGGGCUGCCCUAGCCAGGGAGCCUCGAAUCUUCAGUCUCUCAGAGACCACAGCUGGGGUUAUAAGUUUAUAGUUGGGAACUUCCUUACAGAGUUUGUCAUAGGUAGCUUUGUCAAACAAGACUAAGUUAUUGAGCUUGUCCCGAACUUUGCCUUUGGACCACUUCUGCUCACCAAAACAAAACAGAAACAAGUUAGUAUUUCUGGCAGAAGCACCCUUUCCCUCUCGACUAAUCUGCGUCAGAGAAAUCUGUUCCACCGUUAUCAAAAAUAAAUUACACAUUACUAAAAAAAAAAAAACACCGACACGUUUUUGGGCUUCAGAACGGGGCCGAGCCCCACUAGAUCAGUUAAAAAUAACACGGCAGGCACAGGGGCACUUUGCACAAUGGAUUCAUUUUCAUGAUCCUAAUGGGAAAAAGAACGAGUGGUGACGGGAAGAUAGACUCUCACAUUUUGACUCUAGAAAUCUACACCUGAAAAACCACUUACUAUACAAGUUACCUAUUACUAGACGGCUACGAGAGGGUUACCCCUAGUCUCUCUCAGACGGGUCUUAUUUCUACCUUCUUUUUGGCCUUGCCCCCGGAUUUGUUCACUGGGUCUUUGUCUUUCUUGGCCGACUUUCCAGCGUCCUUCUUCUUCUUAUCGUCCUUGGGCGGCUGUAGGAGGGCAGCGGGAAUGCAACCAGGUCCUCAAAUAGCGCCAAAGUCCCCUAAUACGUCGCCCCCAGCCCCCGCAAACUCCACCACCAGAGCACAUGGGCGAAGCAAUAACCGCGCCCGCCCUGCAACCGAGGCCGGCAGGCCAAGGAGCGCUCCCGUCGAAGGCUCUCCUCACUGAGUCCUCAAACCCAAGAACCCCGGCGACUUCAUACCCCUGAAGCUUACCAUUGCGAAGCUCAGAGAGUAGCAGCGGACACCACAGCCUCGCCAAGAUGUCGGACAAAAA